AUGGAGCCGAGUCUGACUCCUGAUGAAGAACGCCAUGCUUCGCGUGUCUCAAAGGCAUGCCAAAGAUGCCGAUCAUUGAAGGCACGAUGCCUACCUAGUGACCAGGAAGGAAUCUGUCAACGAUGUUACAAGUCUAGGAGGGAAUGUGUUUGGACUGAUGCGCAGCAAAGAGUAAGAAAAGCGCGGGCGCCGUCGCGAAUUUCUCAAGUCGAACAAAAGAUAGACGGCCUCGUGGCUCGCAUCACCGAAAGGAAUGUUGCCGAAUAUCCUUCCCCUGCAGCCACGUCCUCAGGUGAACCCUCGACACCUGCAGCUCUGCGUCCUGAUCGCACUCCAGUUCUGCAAGCUUCUAGGACUUUGCGCCAUGCUCGGAAUGAAUCAGAGAAUGAUAAGGGAUCCGAACCACCUAUUUCCUUACCUGAUCUAUCCAAUAUGCACUCUUUUGGCAUCAGUGCAGAUGUGCCAAAGCCAACGAACCCUCACGCAAAGAUGCCCAGAAAGCAAGACGAUCGGCUCAGACAGGGCAUCCUCGCACAUGCUGAUGCAGAGAUGCUCCUCGAGGAGUACCGGGCUAUGGCUCCUUCAUUUCCUUUCGUUCCAGUCUCAUCGAGUGUAUCGAUUGAGGACCUUCGAUCGCAGAAGCCCAUGUUGUUAUUCGCAAUCAUGACUGCUGCUUCACGGAAGAACCGAGCUCUUCAGCAAGUAUUGGAGAAGCGCUUUCGACAAGAAAUUGCGCUUAGAACUAUUGUGCAACCUGCGAAGGAUAUUACGCUCCUUCAGAGUAUCCUCGUAUACUUGGCUUGGUACCAUUACUACCUGGACUAUGCGCUGGAGAACGGCGCUACCAUCCCACAUCUAUGCAUGAGUCUUACAAUAGAGCUACGUCUCGACCCGGGCUUCAGCGCACAUAUGCUUGGCGGGUCGAAGGGAAUGCCACUCACGAAGAGCGGCGCUGAAUUGCGAGAAGAACAGCGGACUCUACUUGGCUGCUACUUCCUGUGUUCUAUUAUUGCAAGCGGCUACCAGCGGCCAAACACGUUCAAGCGUUCUCGGUAUAUGUUUGAAAGUGCCCAGGAGUUAUCUGCAGACAAGGAGCUGGAGGCUGACCAUCUACUCGCACCUCUCGUGGAAUCACGCCAUAUAGACGACGAGAUAUACGCCGCGUUCCAUGGAGAAACACCCCUUCCGAGUGAUCAGAUAGCCACCCAGGUAUACGCCUGGCAAACAAAACUCCAAGCCUGGAAAACCGAGCUACAGCACACCAACCACAGACUCCUCAGCCUCACCAUCCACCCCAUCGAGGCAAACCUCUCCCUCGCCCUCCUCCACUCCCACUCCGACCCAACCCCAACCCUCCAAGCCUGCAAAUCCCACCUCGACACACUCCUCUCCACACCCGCUGAAUCCUACCCACUCCUCUCCUACCCCGAAUGGACCACCCUACCACACACCAUCAUGACGCUCGCAACGCUCUGCAUCCCCAGCAGCACGCAUCCCCCCGACUGGCUCGCCGCACAAGCCCACGACCGCGUGCGUCUCGACCUCUACCUCGAGGCUCUCUGCUUCAGAGCCCAGUCCUGCUCGGUCUACUGCCCGCCCGACAGGCCUGACGUCGACUACUGGGCCGCUCUCAAGACCGUGCUUGUUGCUGUCGGGCGCUGGUACAAGAAGAUGGUGGACGCGGCCGGGGCGCGCGAUGUGCCGUUUCGUUGUCCGGGCCGCUUUAUGGCCGGGCGUGUGGCUGCGCGGGCGUCGUCGCAGCAUGUGAAUGCGGGUGAUGCUCUUGCAGAUACACACCCGGGUUUGAGUAUGCACGACGCGGAUCUCUUUGCGGAUAUGGAUCUGUGGAUCGACUCGGGGGAUUUCCUAGGCCUUGGCGAUGUAAUUUAGCAAGUCUGAGACGGAGACAUACUAUCUCAGGCAGGGUGUGUGCAGUAAUCAGUCGUAACAAUCUUGGAUAUAAGGGAAAAUCUAUGAAUCAAGAAUACUAUAUAUUGACCUUUGCGAUAUUCUUAUACCGAGCUUGAGGAGGUUAUCGAUAUAUAGGAAAAUAGUAUAU